AUGCCAAGCUGGUUGCUUGAUUUCUCUUUCAUGUUCGUCGCCAGAGCAGCAGUACCCGACAAGGCUCUAGAAGCUUCAUCGGCCUCCGAGCAACAUAUAUCCAGAUUCCAAACCACACUAGCACCUGUCAACGUUCUCUCUCGUACACAUCCUUCUCUGACGCAAUGGCUUACACAACAUACAAUACAAACGUUAACACCCACUUCUCCGUCUUCCCUUCCUCCCCCGCCUCCACCAACGUAUUUGUCCUCUUCGGCAAUGCCCAGGCGCCCCGCGAUAACCACGUCAUGUACGAAGGACCUUCUCAAGCUUAAGGUCUUCGGCUCCACCAACGGGCGCACCGCUGAUACUAGCCAGAUUCAGAAGAAGCAGAGAACGGGCAUCAGACGGCAUUUGCCUGUCGUUGCCUCUGCGAUAGGGUAUGACACCGUUUCCAACGGCUCACGGGAGCAGACUCACGAGUCAUACGCGUCUACCGGAAACACCGCUUUCACCUCCGAGCAAGUACCUGCUCCCACCCCCACUACCGCCUAUCCAAUCGGUGCCGUGCACAUUAUACUCGUGACGGUUAACCGGGUCGAGUUUCAUCUCCCCUUGUCAAUCGUAUCAGAGACGGCCAAAUCUUAG